UGUAUUGCACCAAGGCACAACCUAGAGAGAGAGAGAGAGAGAGAGAGAGAGAGAGAGGGAGAUGGGAUCGAUUGGUCAGAAGCCACACGCAGUGUUUGUGCCAUACCCGACCCAAGGUCACAUAAACCCAUUGCUCCAACUAGCAGAGCUCCUCCAUUACAGAGGCUUCCACGUUACUUUUGUCAACACUGAGAUCAACCAUGAACGAGUUCUCAAGUCUAGUGGCCCAAACACGGUCGACCGGUUACCUGAUUUCCGAUUCGAGACUAUCCCUGACGGUCUCCCUCUCUCUGCUACUCGUGAUGUACCCACACUCUGUGAAUCCACCAGUAAGAAAUGCUUGGAACCGUUUCGUAAACUUCUCGCCAAGCUCAAUGAAUCCAGUGAUGUUCCACCGGUGACCUGUAUAUUCUUUGAUAUUCCGAUGAGUUUCUCUUUGACGGCGGCUGAGGAGAUCGGUGUUCCCGGCGUUGGGGUCUGGACUGCUAGUGUUUGUGGUUUCAUGGGUUAUCUGCAAUAUCCUCAACUUGAUCAGAGAGGACUUACAGUAGCUAAAGGUGUGAAUUAUCUCUCAGACAAGUAUAAGAACAUCCCCAUUGACUGGGUGCCCGGACUGAAAGGUCUCCAUCUAAAGGACAUGAUCAACUUUGAUCGUCUUGGAGAUACAAGAGACUUCAUGGUCAAAUUCACAUAUGAACAGGCCAAGAGAUGUUUCAACGCAUCCGCCAUUGUUUUCAACACAUUUGAAGCCUUAGAACACGAUGUCUUAGAAGCACUAAAGCCUCAGCUCCCACCCAUCUACACUAUAGGUCCUCUACAUCUCCUCUGCCGAAAUGUUGUCAAAGAUAGCUCAAGCUUGGUAGAUUCAAACCUAUGGAAAGAAGAUGAAGCUUGCAUUGAGUGGCUCGAUUCGAAAAACCCCAACUCUGUCAUCUACGUGAAUUUUGGAAGCAUCACUGUAAUGUCACCUGAGUAUCUGGCUGAAUUCGCUUGGGGACUUGCUAAUAGCAAUCAAUAUUUCUUGUGGGUCAUUAGGCCUGAUUUGGUCGGCGGGGACAAUACAGAGGGAUUGCCGCCGGAGUUCUUGACAGAGACGAAAGAGAGGGGUAUGGUAGUGAGCUGGUGUUCACAAGAGGAUGUCUUGAAUCAUUCUUCUGUAGGUGGGUUCUUGACUCACACUGGAUGGAACUCAACAAUUGAGAGUGUGUGUGGUGGAGUGCCUAUGAUCUGUUGGCCAUUGUUUGCAGAGCAGAGGAUGAAUUGCAGGUUUGCUUGCAGUAGUUGGGGUAUUGGAUUGGAGAUGGAGACAGAGGUGAAGAGAGAGGAAGUGGAGAGGCUUGUGAGGAAGAUGUUGGAGGGAGAGAAGGGGAAAGAGAUGAAGAAGAGAGCUUUGGAUUGGAAGAGGAAGGCAGACGAGGCUAAUAGUCCUGGUGGGUCCUCUUUGUUGAAUCUGGAGAAGCUGCAAAGGGAAGUCUUGUUUUCUAACAGAAAAUAAACUUAAACUCUCUCCAAGUGUCUUAAUUUGUUAGCUCCGAAGCAAAGUAUGGUCUCCUAUAGUCCUGUAUGCAUGUGCAAUGUUCUGUUUUGUUUCUGUUUCUGUUUUUUAAGCCUCUAUCUGUUUUUGUUUAAGAAAAUAAACUCUCUCUCAAGUAUUUUGAUAUAAUUGAUUGAAUGAUAAAAGCAUUUGAGGUCA